AUGAAAGGAGUCGAGUAUGUUGCUGUUGAACCCCUUUCGCCAGCUUUGUUUGUAAUUCAGAAACGAAAUAGAACGGCAUAUAAUGAAGCAUACAACUUGGAAGAUUAUUAUAUUCAUGGAGGCAACAUAUAUCAAGCUCCAGAUUUGAGGUCAAUUCUUGAAAAUCGUCUGGUAAACAAUCUCCAUUACCUACACACCGCAUUUAAUCGUCACCAUCAAAACGUCGUUUGGAAUCCUUCGACAGGAUAUACGUUGAAAACAGUCGAUCCCUCUACAGGUAGUGGUAUAACCGGACGUUUCGCAGCAGAUCACAUGCCGGACAACGUGUUUAACAGAAUAUUCAACAUUGCUAAUUUUAAAUAUUAUCAUCAAGAAUAUUUGGCCAUCAAUGCACCUCCGGAGGAGGUUCCAUUAUCCAGGCGCGAAGAUUCCUUACCAGAGAAAUUAGAAAAGAAGAGCAAGGAGCAGCCGUUCUUGGUUAGAGAGGAUUCCUUGGUGGAAAAAUUCAGUCUGAAAAUGUCUAUCAAUGAGAAAGGAAAACCCGCCACCGUUAAGCCGAAUGAGGGUAACCAAACUAUUGUUGUUGUUCACGUGCUUUAUUGCAUGGUUCUAAAGUCAUUGAGCCCCGCAGAGGGAUGCGAAAGGAAAAAGAAACUUAGGAAGACUCGCACAAGCAAGAAGAGAAGGAAGUAA